AUGUGGAAGCAGGAUUUUGUACGUGUGUUACAAGGUGCUAGUAAAGUGACGGAACAUGUAUUACGUACACAACAGUCUGUAGUAAAUGACAAGAGUGUGCAAUUGUCCAAGCACGCGAAGGAAUUAACGCGUCUAGUGCCGUAUUUUCUAAAUGGUGAAGAUUCAAAGUCUCGUGUCCAAAAUACGACAAAGCUAAUGAAUAUGACGAUUGACGAACAAAAGAGAGAGGAAACAAAGGUUCCAGUGCUUCAAGAACAGGUGGUAACAAAGAAUAGAGACAAGUCGGAAGUGCACGACGUAAAAAUCAAGACGACCCCACGGCUUCAGACGACGACACAACGGCAGACGAAACCACUUCAGACCGAGCUACUUCAGACCGAGCUACUUCAGACCGAGCCACUUGAGACGGAGCCACUUGAGACGGAGCCAAUUCAUACCGAGCCAAUUCAUACCGAGCCAAUUUAUACUGAGCCAAUUCAUACGAAGUCGAUUCGGACGGAGCCAAUUGGGACAGAGCCGCGUCAAACGAAGAAGAUCGAGGCGAUUGAGACGGAUCAGGCGAAGAAGAUUAAGGCGGUUGAGACGGAGCCGCGUCAAGCGAAGAAGAUUGAGGCUGUUGAGGUGGAUUCAAAGGUUCCUGUGGCUACGGAAAAGGCUUAUGAAGAGGAGAAAAUACCACAUAAAGUAUGGGAAGAAAAGCGUGUGCCAUCAUCGCCUUUAUCCCGGAUUUUGGGUUUUGGAAGUUUGGCUGCAAGACUUGCAGUUGGAACAGCAGCUGAGAUUGUACGGAGUGGAGGCAAGAAUGGCACAUACAAUGCACUUGUAUCAGAUGCCAAUGUGGAAAAGCUAGCAGAGACGUUGUGUACAAUGAGAGGAGCAGCGUUAAAACUUGGACAGAUGCUGAGUAUUCAGGAUGAAGCUAUGAUUCCAUCGAAAUUGGCUGUUGCAUUGGAUCGUGUUCGUGAAAAUGCACAUGUUAUGCCAAAGGACCAAUUGCAUCGCCAGCUUCAAAGUGAACUUGGUGAAGACUGGCAGAGCAAGUUUCAGGAAUUUGACGAUGUUCCUAUUGCUGCUGCAUCCAUUGGACAGGUGCACCGCGCUACGCUUCUGAACGGUGAUCGCGUUGCGAUCAAGGUCCAGUACCCAGGUGUGGCCGAGUCCAUUGGCAGUGAUCUGCUUAACCUCAAGCGACUCGUGACAUACACGAACAUUCUACCACGUGGGCUGUAUAUUGACGAGGUAAUCCGUGUGGGCGAGGAAGAACUCACAGCCGAGUGCGACUAUAUCAAGGAGGCCGAGAACCAAGAACGCUUUAAAAAACUUAUUGAACAGAGUGGCAUGAGUGACAAGUUUGUUGUGCCGCGCGUGUACGGAGAAUUAUCGACGGCACGUAUUUUGACGACGCAAUUGAUCUCUGGCGUUGCUGUCGACAAGGCUGUACACCUUUCGCAGGAUGUGCGCGACAGUAUUGGUCGUCGUCUUCUUGAGCUUACGAUCCAUGAGCUAUUCGACUGGCGCUUUAUGCAGACCGACCCGAACUGGAGCAACUUUAUGUACAAUGCAUCUACCGACAAGAUUGGGCUCGUGGACUUUGGUGCUGCUCGCGAGUAUCCAAAGUCGUUUGUGGAUGAGUAUUUCAACCUUGUAUGGGCUGCAGCGAACGAGGACGCGAAAACGCUGGUAGAUUCAUCGAUCAAGAUGCAUUUUCUUACUGGUGACGAGUCUCCCGCCAUGAUGCGUGCUCAUGUUGCGGCAGGCAUGGUUGUUGGUGAGCCUUUUCGAUCACACGAACCCUUUGACUUCCAGAAGAGCCAGCUGACGACUCGACUCGGUCAACAUACAGAAGCGUUCAUGCACGGUCGUUUGACACCCCCCGCCGCAAGAAGUAUACUCCCUGCAUCGUAA